GAGAUCGAAGCAGUUGAUGCUCAGGUGAUGGCGAGCUCAAUUGUGAAGAUUUUGAUUUCACGACGAAAUAAUUUCCCUCCAAUCGCCCGAUACCUCACCGACAACUCUUCUACACGGUUUAAAGUUGGUGACGAGGUGAAAGUGCGUCGGUUUGUUACUGUGGAAGAUGUAAACGCAUUUGCCCAACUGACGGGGGACACAAACCCUAUCCACUUGGAUGAGCAUUUUGCGAAGAAAACCGAACUUGGGCAACUUGUUGUACAUGGGGUAAUACUCAACGGGAUAGUUUCAGCUGUACAUGGCACUAAUCUCCCAGGUCCCGGAUGUAUGGUUGUGUCACAAUCCCUCAAGUAUCCAGCCCCUUUAUUUCCAGGGGAAGAGGUUUUGACUCAUAUUCAGGUUACCAGAUUGAGGCAUGCUAUCAUGAGUUGUGAUGUGACUUGCACAGCAGUUCAUAGGGGGAAAGUUGUAUUAUGUGGUGAGACCAAGUUGUUACUUCCCAAGAAACCUGGCUGAGUCCAUGUGUAUGUGUUUUGUCCAUUUCCAAGUAAAUAAGAUGUUCUCAGCUGGAAAAAAUGGCAUAUGGGAACUUUUUUCCUAGUCCAGCAAAUGUUACCCAAUCACAAGCAAGCUUGUCUGUCACUCUGUUACAUAUGCUAUUUUUUUUGCCUCACUCGAAAGGAAACUUCACUAGAGGUUCUGGGGACCUUAAUUCACGGACAAAAAGACACUUGCAAGGAUGAUCAACCUCUUUCAUGAAAGGUUCCAUUUAACUGACAAUAAAUUUAACUUGGUAGCAUAUGCAAGGAAUGUGCUGUACCAUAGUCCAAAACACUGAAUAAGGAGGGAUCACAGCUGGUCACCCAAGAGGAAUGGCGGGGUGAACGUUUCUUACAUCAUGCAGGUUAUUACGGAAUAGGGUUAAACACGAUUUUAAAAAAGCCAUCUCAUGCCAUAAUUGCUCACUUAAUGUACAACUUAUUAAAAAAAACUCACUCAAAAAUGCUUUGAAUCUUCGCUGCUAAACAACAUCCACAAGAUGGUGCCGUAUUGGAAAAACGGAACAAUAAAGCAGACUUAGUAUUCUUGGUAUACUGUUAUUUAACAGUUGGAGCUCAAGGACAGAAAUUAGAAAAUGGCUAACGUGAUGUUUUAGCGUAGUAUUUGUCAUAACAGUCCUAUAACUUGCAAGAAGAAAUGAAAUUGAAAUCCGUGCUUGUUAUUUUGGUUUCUGUAGUUUGCUUUCGUGAAUUAAGUCGUUGACUGUGGUCAACGCCAAAGAAAGUUACUGGUGGGUGACCGUUAAACUGUACUAACAGUUGUUAUGGGAAAUAAACGUGGAAGAAAUUUUA